AUGGCGCUGAAAGAGACCGCUGGGCUGUAUGAGACACUUAAAGCGGAGUGGAACAAGAAAAAUCCAAACCUAAACAAAUGUGGAGACCUUCUGAGCAAGCUUAAGAUUUCAUUGUUGGAUCUGAACUUUUUACCUACCAGUGGAUCCUCUCUCACCAAGCAGCAGCUCAUUUUAGCUCGUGAUGUACUUGAAAUAGGAGCCUUAUGGAGCAUCCUCAAGAAGGACAUCCCAUCCUUUGAGCGAUACAUGGCCCAGCUAAAAUGUUACUACUUUGAUUACAAGGAAGAGCUGCCUGAAGCUGCUUACAUGCAUCAGUUACUUGGACUGAACCUGCUCUUCCUGCUUUCGCAGAAUCGCGUGUCUGAGUUUCACACAGAACUCGAAAGAUUGAGUGCUAGAGAUAUUCAGACCAACGUGUACAUCAGACACCCAGUGUCUCUAGAGCAGUACUUGAUGGAGGGAAGCUACAACAAAGUAUUCCUAGCCAAAGGCAACAUCCCUGCUGAGAGCUACACCUUUUUUAUAGAUAUUCUUCUGGACACAAUUCGCGACGAGAUUGCAGGUUGCAUAGAGAAGGCGUAUGAGCAGAUCCAGUUCAGUGAAGCUACCCGUGUGCUUUUCUUCAGUUCCCCCAAAAAGAUGACAGAUUAUGCCAAGAAGAGAGGAUGGAAUUUGAGUGCAGAUGGCUAUUACUCUUUCACCAAUCAGCAACAGCGGACAGAAGAGGUGAACAUCCCUUCUACUGAGCUGGCACAACAGGUCAUCGAAUACGCACGACAGCUGGAAAUGAUUGUGUAA